UGGGAUGUUUGGUGCGGUCGCCAUUCCCCUGUGUGACGUCAUAGUGCAUUGUUGUGAGAGUAGCGGAGCAUCCCUCAAGCUGUCAGCUGUGCUGCUGCUGCUGCGGGAGCCCAAGCCCGAGCCGGCCCAGCCCCCUUCUCCUCCCCCCGCCCCGGGGGCUCCGGAGCUCCGCGCCCGUGUAGCCCUGUCUGUGUGGAGCCCCUCCGGGCCCCUCGCCCCCCGCACGCUCCAGUCCGCCCUUCCCCCUCCCCCCUAGAACCAUCUCAAUGAGAUGCAAACAUGAAAGACAAGAGGAAGAAGAAGGACCGCACCUGGGCCGAGGCUGCCCGCCUGGCAUUGGAAAAACACCCCAACUCACCAAUGACUGCAAAACAAAUACUGGAAGUCAUUCAGAAAGAAGGGUUAAAAGAAACAAGGAAUGGAACCUCUCCAUUAGCUUGUCUGAAUGCAAUGCUUCAUACUAACACUCGUGUAGGUGAUGGAACAUUCUUCAAAAUCCCUGGGAAGUCAGGACUCUAUGCUCUCAAAAAAGAAGAAUCUACAUGCCCAGCGGAUGGAACAUUGGAUAUAGGAUGUGAAUCUGAGUUAGAUGGCACUGAAAUGGCUGAGACAAACAAUAGUAAUGGAGAAGAAAAUGGAGUUUGUCCGAAGCAGAUACCUGAAGAAGCGUCUUCCAAUCGAGACUCAAGCCUUACUAACACACCAGUGCAAAGCAAGCUAGUGUCUUCCUUCCAGCAGCACACCAAAAAGGCACUUAAACAGGCUUUAAGACAACAGCAGAAAAGAAGAAAUGGAGUCUCAAUGAUGGUAAACAAGACUGUUCCUCGUGUUGUUUUGACACCAUUAAAGGUGUCUGAUGAGCAGUCGGAUUCACCUUCAGGAUCUGAAUCUAAAAAUGGUGAAGCAGACAGUUCUGAUAAAGAAAUGAAACAUGGGCAAAGAUCUCCAACUGGAAAACAAACAAGUCAGCACUUAAAGAGAUUAAAAAAGUCUGGUUUAGGACAUUUGAAAUGGACCAAAGCUGAGGAUAUUGACAUAGAAACACCAGGAUCUAUUCUAGUGAACACUAACCUGAGGGCUUUAAUAAACAAACACACCUUUGCUUCCUUACCUCAGCAUUUUCAACAAUACCUCCUGCUUUUGCUUCCAGAAGUAGACAGGCAGAUGGGAAGUGAUGGAGUUUUGCGCCUCAGUAGUUCCGCUCUAAAUAAUGAAUUCUUUGCAUAUGCAGCACAAGGGUGGAAACAACGAUUGGCAGAAGGAGAAUUUACUCCAGAAAUGCAGUUGCGCAUCAGACAAGAGAUUGAAAAGGAAAAGAAAACAGAACCUUGGAAGGAAAGGUUCUUUGAAAGGUUUUAUGGUGAAAAGUUGGGAAUGUCAGUAGAAGAAUCUAUGAAGCUCACUUCAGUACAGAACAGUGAUGAAGAUGAGAGUAGUUUGCUGUGUGGAUCUUCUGGUAUACCUGGUCCUUCUAAAAUUACAACUUUUGAGGACCAUGAACAGAAAAGCGUGAAGAUUCCACCUCUUCCUGAAAGAGAUUUCUGUCAGUCUCUUUGUAAUGUGGAACAGGUUCCAGUCAAGGAUCUAAUGGCGGAAUCAGAUUCAGAGGGUAUAUUGGUACCUGACGAAUCUGUAAUUCAGGAAGAGAUUGCUGAGGAGGUUGAGACAAGUAUCUGUGAAUGCCAAGAGGAGAACCAUAAAACAGAACAUGAGUUUUCAGAGGAGCCAGUAAGCCCAGCUGGUACUAAUGAAGAAGUAGAAGCAGUGCCACUUGCAGACAACUCAGCAUCUUGUGUUGUAAUGAAUGAUGUAGUUGAUACUUUGUCUCACAUUGAAAUUAAAAUGGAGUUGAAAUCAGAAUGUCCUCAGGAAGAAAUGUCAGUUGUGAUUGAUCAGCUGGAGGAUUGUUUAUCACCUGCUUCUUCUACGACCUCUGUCAGUGAUGCAGCAGAGAGAGAUUCUGAGUCUGCGAAAGAGCUAAGUGCUCCAGAAACACAAAACUCUGCUUUAGAAAGCUCAUUGUUCACUGAUGGAGGCAUUGCUGUUGAUAUGGAGCUACAGAGUGACCCUGAUGAACAGUUAUCUGAUAAUGCUUGUAUUUCUGAAACUUCCUUUUCCUCUGAAAGCCCAGAGGGACCUUGUAUGGGUAUUGCCUCUCCAGGAGGUGAGACACAGUCCAAUUCAGAGGAACCCUGUACUCCAGCAUCUCAUGAAACAGCUUGUUCAUCUGAGGCAGCCAGCAGUGAAAAUACUGAACCUGAUAGUCAGCAAAAGACCAUUGAAGAAAGCCUGCACACACCUUUAAUGUCAGAAGUAUCUCCAGUGUCCACUUCACCUGUAACCUCAGAAACAUCUCUGACAUCAAACUUACCUUUGACAUCAGAGGCAUCACCAGCUUCUAAUUUACCUUUAACAUCAGAAACCUCUCCGAUGUCUGAUUUACCGUUAACAUCAGAAACCUCUUCCAUGUCUUCUGUACUUCUAGCUUCUGAAACAUCUGUGGCAACCAGUUUACCUUUUCUGUCAGAAACGUCUCCAAUUUCUAAUUCCCCACAGAGUGAAAGACUUAUUCUGCAACAAAGGAAAUCACCAUGUUUAUCUGAAGAAUCCCUCUCCCCUUUAAAAGCAGAAACUUCAACCAUUCCUAAGGCAUCUCAAGAGGAAAAUCUUAUUGCGGAAGAGAAACUGAUUCCGUGUACAACUGAAACUGUGAAAAUGGGUCCUCUAGCAAAUAUACCUGAAAGUUCAAUAUUGGAAGAGCCCCAGAGCAAAAAUCUUACUCCUCAAUCAUGCAAAUCACAUACUGAAAUUGAGAAAUCUUAUAUUGCUUCCAUUUCAGAACUCUCUUCUCCAGAAGUGAUCAAAAUUAAAAAUCAUCAUGUUCAGCAAAGAGUGGAAAAGAAAGGUGUGCUCUCGCCAUUAGAGAUAUCUGUCGUAUCAGAAGGGACAGUGGGCAAAAGCACUGAACUCCUUCCAGUUAAACCACAUGAUAAAGUAUAUACCUCAUCUCUAGAAAAGACUUCAUUCUCAGAAGUGUGCAGAAGUAAGUCACACAAACAACAAAGCAGUGCACAGAUCCGGCUGGAGAGUUCCCAUUCAUCUAAGUUAUUAGAACCCACAAAAUCACCUGAAGUAAGAAUUGAAAAUAGAGAUGCAGAGAUCCCAAAGAGGAAGACUGCAGAACAGCACAGUUUUGGAAUCUGUAAAGAGAAGAGAGCUAGAAUAGAAGAUGAUCAGUCUAAUCGUAAUGCUCCAUUGACAAGUCCAUCUGAGAAAGAGCAGCCACCUAGAGAAGAGCCCCGAGUCCCACCCCUCAAGAUUCAACUUUCAAAAAUUGGGCCACCUUUUAUUAUCAAGAGUCAACCUGUUUCAAAACCAGAACCUAGGGUUUCCCAGAGUACCUCAGUCAGCAGCGGGAGGAACACUGGGGCUAGAACUCUUGCAGAUAUCAAGGCAAGAGCUCAGCAAGCUAGAGCCCAGAGAGAGGCUGCAGCCGCAGCUGCUGUGGCAGCAGCUGCAAGCAUAGUCUCUGGAUCAAUGGGGAGUCCCUGCGAAGGUGGGAAGACAAGAACACUGGCACACAUCAAGGAGCAAACAAAGGCCAAACUAUUUGCAAAGCAUCAAGCCAGAGCCCACUUACUCCAGACCAGUAAAGAAGCGAAGUCGCAGCUCAAUUCAAAGGAAUGUCCUUCAUCCAUAGAAACCUCGACUCCUUCUGACACAAAGAUUGAAGUUUCUACUGGUGUCAUUAUAGUUAAUCCUAACUGCAGGUCUCCUAGCAACAAGUCUGCUCACCUCCGGGAGACUAACACUUUACUGCAGCAGUCACUUAACACAGCUGCAUUGCCAGAAACUGCUACGGACGUAUCUGUGCACAGUUCUGAUGAAAACAUACCUAUGCCACAUUUGUGUGAGAAAAUUAUCUCAUCUACCUCCACUGAAAAUAACAAUGUGCCAGUGCUUUAUAGUAAAAAUUCAGUCCCUGCAUCUGUUUGCAGCACUGCUAUGUCGGGAACAAUUCAAGAACUUCCCUUUGCAAGUUCUCUUGAUAAAUCCUCUGUUUUAAUGUCUGUUGACAGUACAAACACAACAAUUUCGGCUUGUAAUGUAAACAUGCUGAAAUCUACCCAAGGGAUUGAUACUCCAUGCAUUGCCAUUGUACCAAAAUGUAUUGAUAACACUAUUGUUCCAGCCUCAAUAGACAGUACAGUCUUAUCAAAUUCAAGUGAUGAGAAAAGGUUGCCAGUAUCAAGUAGCAGUGCAAAUAAUGCAGUCUCCAGUCAAUAUACCACUGUGCCAACUUCGUCCAUUGCAAGUAAUUUGCCAAAUCAUCUCCCAGGUAGUUCUGUAUUGAUUCCCCCAGUGGGGACUACUACUAGAUUUUCUUCUGAUAAGAUAGCCAUAACUGGAUGCAGUGAGCAAAGUACUGUAUCCAUUAACACUACUGUUAGAGCAGCUUUAAGCUGCAGUGAUGUGGCUGCAGUAGUAGAUUCUGUUGCAAGGCCACCCGUUUCAAUGUUUACUGGUAAUAUGGUGACAAUAAGUUCUUAUGACAACACUGCUAAAUUAAGUGCUGACAACUUGGAAAAAAAUUCUGGACUACGAAACCGAAUAGAUCUGUCCAGUAAAUCUCAGCCAGUGAGCUUUACACAAACAGCCAUGAACAGGUCUAUACCUUGUAAAGUCAUUGUUGACCACACUACGACAUUAAAUAACAAUUUGUCGCUGGCUGCUUCCAUUGAAAAUGCAGAAAACAGCAUAGAUCUGCAGAGCAGACUUGUGAGGGCAGAAACUGCCUUACAAAAUAUAGCAUGCCCUCAGGUGUCUGUAAUAAGCAGGCCUGAAAUAGUCAGUAAUGAAAGCCUUGAGCACAGUUCCAGCUUCAUAACUGUUACAGCGAAACAAGAGGGCAAAACCUUGCAGGCAGCUUGUACAAGUCUUCAAGAAGUGCCUCUUACUCCUCAAGAUAAAUUAAUUGACUUUGUUGCCCCCGGCCAAGGUUUUGUGGAGCAGUUACGAGGUCCUUCAGCCUUUAAAAGUGAAGCAGAUGCUGCCUGUGUCAAUCAGUAUAACACUAAUAACAGAAUUUGCUGGCAUGAUGAAGAGGCAAUGCACACAGACCAGCCAAUGGUCAGCCAUCUUAACCCAAACAAGCAUAAAGAAUAUACAGAGCAAAACUGUUUAAAAAAUGUCAAAACUGAACCUUCAAGUUACACGCAAAUGUCAGAGUUGCAGUCAAGGAGUCUUAUGACAAGCAUUGCUGUUCCUGUUAAAUCAGAAACUACUGAAUCUGAUAAGUGCUUUAGGAUGGACACUGAGGAUUUUACCGGACCUAAAAUGCCUAGCCAGACUGCAGAAAUAGCCACAAGUGCACAGCCAACACAGACCUCCAAGGCAUCUGCUACGGAUUCCAUGGAGGACUCUUUGUCAUUGUCGACAGAAACCCUAAAAAGAGUUACAAGUGCUGGAAGCUCUAGCUGUCGUUUGUCAUCAGUUGAGGCUAACAAUCCUCUAGUGACACAGUUACUGCAAGGCAACCUGCCUUUGGAAAAAGUGCUGCCGCAGCCCAGAUCAGGAGCCAAACUAGAAAUUAACAGGCUUCCCUUGCCUUUGCAAACUACCUCAGUGUGUAAAACAUCAGCAUCUGAGAGAAGUAUAGUUGAAAAUCCUUCCAGCUCACCCAAUCCAGAUGGUAAAGGAUUUACAGCAGGCAGCAUAGCCCCACUACAAAUUAGAAAGCGUGAAAACCAUCCAAAGAAGCGGAUGGCCAGGACUGUGGGGGAGCACACUCAAAUGAAAUGUGAGCUUGGGAAGGUAUCAGUGGACACAGAUGUUAAAGUGGCUCCUUGUGUGAUCAGUUCCAGCAUGAAUCAACUAGGGCAUGGUCAGCCAUUUAAACAAGAGUGGCUGAACAAACAUGCAGUUCAGAACAGAAUUGCUCACAGUCCAGAGAUCAAGCAGCAGAAGAGGCCACUGCCUUCAUGCAGUUUCCAACAGAACUUAUUUCACAUUGACAAAAACGGCAGUUUUCAUGCAGAAGCUAGUACCUCACACAGACAGCAUUUUUACCAAAUGUCCAUGGCUGCAAGAGGCCCCAUUCCUACGGCAGCUUUGUUGCAAACUACUUCAAAAGUCCCAUCUGUCUGCAAUGCUUUUGCUUUCAGUAGGCACCUGGAACAGAAGGGUUUGGGAGAGGUCAGCAUUUCUGCAGCAGCUCACCAGCUGAGGCUAGGAAGUGUUUUUUCCCCUAAUAUUCAAAUUAAGGAAGGUGAUGACAUUGCUAGUGCCUCACAAACUCUCCAGAAUAAAACAUUAGUGCAUCCUCUUCCUCCUCCCCCUAUUCCAAACGCAGAAGUUGCAUCUGAUCAAAAACAACUGACAGUUACUAUGGAAACCACUAAAAGACUUAGUUGGCCUCAGCCAGCAAGCAUCUGUAGCAAUAUAAAAUCUGAACCUGUUUCUUUUGAGGAAGGUUUAAGCAGCAGCUGCGAACUAGGCAUAAAACAAGCUUCCUACGAUCAGAAUGAAGUAAAAGAACAGUUAAAAGCAUUUGCAUUAAAAAAUGCAGAUUUCUCUUCCUAUUUACUUUCUGAGCCACAGAAGCCUUUUACCCAAUUAGCGACGCAGAAAAUACAAACACAGCACCCACAGCAGCAGCAGCUCUGUGGAAGUUAUCCAACUAUACACUUUGGUAGCACAAGCUUCAAAAGGGCAGCAUCUGCGAUUGAAAAAUCUAUUGGAAUUUUGGGAAGUGGCUCAAAUACUGCUACAGGUCUGUCUAAUCAAAACGUUCCGAUUCCGGUUCAGAAAUUUGCUGACAGCAGCAAUGCAGAUGAACUGGAACUGAAAUGCUCUUGCAGGCUGAAAGCCAUGAUAGUGUGCAAAGGCUGUGGAGCCUUCUGCCAUGAUGACUGCAUAGGCCCUUCAAAACUGUGUGUAGCUUGUUUAGUUGUACGGUAGAAACUGAGUCAAAGAUGCAGUAUCCCUUCUCAGCAUGGGAGAACAGAACAAAGAAGUGGAGAAAUUGUAACAUUUUAGGCCAUUUUUUUUCUGGUGAUGCUUUGUUUCAGAAUUUAGUUAUUUCUGCUUGCAUGACAUUCCCUGGAAAGAAGAAGAAACUGUUAGAAUUUCUUUUAAAAAAAAUAACAAACUUGUUACUAAGCUACUAUGAGCUUCCUUGUUGUCUAAAAGAAAAGAUAUUAACAUGUCAUUCCUAGCUUCUGUUUGUUUGCACACAGUGCAGCACACUAUUUCCCCACUUAUCUAUUAUGAUAGCAGACCCUCUAGGUUAAGAAUAACAGGUUAGUUGUAUUCUCAUGAUUUCUAACUGCUGGGGUACUGCAGGUGCGGAGAUAACAAGAUGACUAACAAAUUGAGUAAAGACUGCUUUGGGUAAAGUAGCUUGGUGUUCUGUUACAAAUCACCUUCAGAGCUACUAAAUUGACUUGCAAUUUUUCUAAUGAUUGCUUUCUUGAACCCACCUUUACCAUCCAUAACUUAUAGACGGUCAACCUAACAAAAGAAGGAGACUUUAGACAGAUUUAAUUAAAGGAGUUUGCUCACUCCUACACAAAGCAUUAUGGAGGUAAAGUUUUAAUUGUCAGCUGUUCUUGUUGAUUCCCUGAGAAUUAGAUUUGUAAAUGUGGUUUGAUUAGCUGGACCAUGUCUAGAAUCUUCUUGGCUUUAAUGGAGUGUAGAGGAAGUAACGACUUCUCUUAGAGAACUGAGCAACCUCUCCUUUUCCCUCUUCCCCAAACCUCCCCUGUACACCUAUUGAGCUAUCUAUCCCAAGCACAUAUAUGGGUCAGAUCUAGGUAACAAACAGGUUCUGGAUUUCAAUAGCAUUUCCAUGGCCUAAGGUUGAUCCUAAGGUAUAACUAAUGAUUUGAGGACAGAUUAUAAUUGUGUUGAAAAUCAGUUAUUUCCUCUUCUAUAUGAUUUACUAUCUAUUUAAAUAUGUUUAAGUUUUGACUUUUGUAAAAACUUAUUUUCAAAAAUGACUUAACACUACCUUUUUUUGUUAAAGAUUUCAGACCACUUGUAGUAUCUUUUGGAGAGUUGAGAGUAAAGAGGUGUGUUUUUUUUAAAGGGAUACUGCAUCUUUUAAAUAAUCUUCAGUAUUUAUCCAGUACUGUAUUUAUGUUGAGGACCACAGCUGCAUUCCAGGUGCAUUAGUCACCAUAGCAUCAGAGGACAACAGCAGUUAUUUUGAGGCCCUGUCCACCUAAAAGAAAAAUAUUAUAAAGGGAUGAAGCACAUGCAGCUGUUGUGGACAGGAAAAAAUCGUGCUGUUGUUUUUUACUCCAGAUUCAAGAACACAAUGUGCAGUCCGAGUACCCCCAUACGAUGACAUGCAGCUGACAACCCAAACAAAUAUGAGCAUAGAGAGCAAUGUAAUUUUUACCAUUGCAGUAGAACCCCACUAAUACAUACACCUUACCAUCUGCACAAAAAACAGACAUUCUCUCCCUAGUUCUCAGUGAAACAUGUAAUAGCAGUGAGUUGAGGUCUCGUACUCCUCAGAUUUUAGUAUUUAUACAAAACAUAUAACACUACACAUUUACUGGUAUAUCCUGAAAUAUUAACAUGAACAUUAAAACUGUCAAAUGAAAAAAGUACACUAUAUGAUCCAUUAUACUUGUUUAUUUAUGAUCUUUUCUUGCUUACUAAUUUAUAAUUAUUUAAUUUAUCAGUCUCCCUGGCAUCAGUGCAUAUUAGUGAGGUUCUACCGUAUAUGCAAAUCACAUUUAUUUUCUUUUGGGACCAUUUUCACAAACACAAAAUAUACUAUUCCUUUUGAUUGUCUUUAAAAAUUCGUUGGAACAUUGUAGGAAGUACAUUCCUGCCAUAAGAAGUUCUGUGGUGCAACUAGAGUUCUGUUUUACUGUAGUAGUGACAUCUAAGUAUUAAUUUUCGACGCCAUGUGAUCCAAAGCUAUUAACGAUUCCAUUAACAAAAUUGUUGCUGAUACAGUAAUAUAUUUUCUGUAUACAAAAGCACUCCUUUAUGAAAGGUCAAGAUCCCACAGAUUUUCCACUUUUUCAAGCCUUUCUGUGGAAUGAAAAACAAAUAAAAAAUAAACAAUUGAAAAGUAAUUUCCAGUGGUAUGCUGAUGGCUACCCAAAUGGGAGCUAUGAUGAUCACAUGGGUAAACAUGAGUAUAUUGUAGUCAUGUAUACCAAACCAUAUUUAAGGAGACUUCUGUAUUGGACUUAUAUCCUGUUUCAUUUACAUAUGGUAGAAGUAGAAUUUAUUCCAUUAAAUAAAAGGAUUGGCCAGUUCUUAGAAUCAUGAUAACCUGUGUUUAUAUGAACCCUCUGAGAGCUGGGAAUCUUUUUACUUCUGGCUCAGAAUCCCUUGUCCACAGCAUGUAUCAGUAUCUGUUUUUACUUGCAACUUGAAAUAUAUUCUACCCAUGACUGACAUGGUAUUGAAAGAAAAUGCAGCAUCCAAAAAUGUUUUAUUUUGAAUGACAGAUGAGAGAGUAAACAAUAUGAUGUAAUACGAAUUCAUAUCAAUGGCAUCUUUGUACUGUGGUUGCAGUUUGCAUAUUUGAGAUAAGAUAAAAUGUUAUAUGAAACUGCUUUGGACAAAAUGAUGCUAAAUAAUAUAACACAACUGGCCAAACCCCUUCACGGUGCUGCCAUUGCACUGACUUCUAUUUGACGUCAAUGGAGUUGCUUUAGGAAUGAAUUUGACCCACUAUUUAGAAACAUCUGGUGAAUGAUGUAAGUGAUUUAUAGCCAUGGUGUAAAAUUCCAAAAGCACCUAACUGACUUAGGAGCCUGAGUCUCAAUGACUUUUAAUUUGAAAAUGGGACUUACGUUCCUAAAUCAUGCAGGUGCUCUUGAAAAUGGUACCCACCUAUGGGCUUGUCUACAUUACCGGCUGGGUCGAUGGGCAGCGAUUGAUCCAGCGGGGGUCAAUUUAUCACAUCUAGUCUAGACGCGAUAAAUCGACCACCAAGCGCUCUCCCAUCAACUCCGGUGGCACUCCAGGGUGAGAGGGGCAGGCAGAGUCGACGGGGGAGCGUCAGCCAUCAAUUUACCAGUGAAGAUACUGUGGUAAGUAGAUCUAAGUAUGUCGACUACAGCUACGUUAUUCAUGUAGCUGAAGUUGCAUAACUUAGAUUGAUUCCCCCCGCCCCCUUAGUGUAGACCAGGCCUAAAAUUAUAACUGAAUUUUGGGUUGCUCCUGGUUUUGUCUAAUUUUGUCCCAAUUUCAGUCCCCAUAUCACUCUGGUUUAUUAGUGAUCGUGCAGUUUGCACUGUUAAACAUUUAAGAUUUAUGCACUGAAAAGUGGUGAGAAUAAGCAUUACUUAAGAAGACACCGCUGUGUAUUUGCAUGUGUCAGUCCAUCCAUCCUUCCUGCAGGAAUAAUUUACACAUGCAUUUUUGGAAAAUAUCCAAAGUUUUUUCCCUAGUUGCAGCACUUUUGGGAGAGAGGAUGAAAUACUUUUGUGCUCCUUCCUUCCUUUUUUUUUAUCUGCUUAUUUUUGAGGUGUGUCGUUAACAUUAGGGCAUUUGUAGUGUGUAUGUUUGUCUGUUCCUGUGCAGAACUAAUUUUCCAGUCAGAAAUUCCUUUAGUUGAAAUAAUAUAAAAAAAUUGGUGAACUGGGCACUUCAUUUCAGCAUUCUGUUUACCUGCUGAGAUUUAGCACGUGAAAUGAAUUAACGUAAAAAUAAGGUUGAGCCAUAAAGCAGAAUUAUAUCCCUUUUCCUGAUGAGAGCUCUGUGGGUAGGGUAAGCUACAGAAUGUUCAUAUUUUUUUAAGAUCCUGGAAUUCUUUGCACAGUUUAUAAACUGGUGCAUAUGGUGCUUUGUAAUGCAGUUUCUGAAGUAAAAUUAUCUUAUGCUGCACCUCCCUUCCCCUUACAAACACACGCACAAUUUCAGAAUAGUUAUUGUAGCCUCUAGUUUAGCAGUUUUACCAAGGUGUGGUGAAGUACCAGGAUGAACAGUCAAAAGCUCAAAAAUGUCAUCUAAAGGGAUCAUCUUAGCUGACACAUGCGAACGGCCCUGCUUUAAACACUGAAUGACUUUCUACAGUUUUGUGAAAGCAGCACAGCAUUUUUUUCUGUGUUUCUGUAGGACUUUGGGGGAAAGCAAAAAAUAAUAUUCAGUGUGGAUAAUCAUGGACCUGUGUAGCUAAAUGUUUCUGAAUCUAAAAAUCCUGUUGUCUUCAGUAAUCAUGCUUUUGUCACUGUAAAACCAACAAAAACAUUUUUAGUCUAAUUUAAAGGAGCUGCUUCUUUUAUAGCACAUAAUAUUUCUCUUUGUACUAUAUUUGAUAGUUACAGAAUAAUUUAGUCUGUAGAAUAACUUUGUCGUAUUUGUACUGUUCAUGAAUGUUACAAGAAAAGUGCUUUACUUUGUUGCCAUAAUUCUCUUGUACUGCUGUAAAAUAUUUCUUCUGCUUUACAGAAACCUAACUCAACUCACAAUUUCAGUACAGGGUUUUUUGUGUUUUUUAUUUUGGUUUUGUUUUUUUUAAUUUGUCAGUAUUUUGAAUGUUUACAUCUUUUUUACAUUAGCCAUUCAAUGCCUUUUUAGGGCAGUAUUACUCCUGGAGUGUAACAGCAAUGUGAAAUCAACCCAUAUUUAACAUGCAUGAGAAACAGAGAUUUAAGGGGGAAAUCCCUAACAUGCAUAGAUUUUCUUUUUAAAUCAACAUAUGGAGAAAUAAAAAUCCUCCUUCAGUCCUCUACCAAAGAAAACAUUAUUCCCACAGGACAAGCUCAGAAAUGGUUCUCUGAAUUCUUGGAAGGGGGAGUAGUUGAUUUCAGUGGGGUUACUAUAAUUUAAUGCUGUUAUGCUUGCUUUGUUACCUGACUAAAUGUGACUGAGUGCAAGAAGCAUUUUAACAAUUUUUUUUAAAGACAGUGUUUUCUUUAGAAAUCAGGGAUCAUGCUUUCUUUAAUGGUGCUCUUCAUUUUUUAUUUAAAAAAACAAAAACAAAAAACAUUUGUUGCCUACAAAAAUGACCACUCACAAAACCAUAAAUUAAAUACAUUAAGUUGUCUCCAUAUUUUCUCUCUUCUCCCUCCCCUUUUUCCCUUCCUGCUCCCCUGAAAAUAACAACAUGGGCUUCAAUAUUAUUCUGGAAAAAAUAAAGAGAUAAAAUAUA